AUGCUUCAGUGCAUUAUUAAACUUACUUUAUUUUUAUUUAAUUUAUUUUAUUUUUUAUUCUGUUUUGUAUAUUUGGCCGUUCAUGCUAGUCCACAUGAAAGAAGAUUGUAUGAAGAUCUCCUGCGCGACUAUAAUGUUUUGGAACGCCCUGUGGAAAAUCAUUCUCAUCCAGUAACAGUACAUUUAAAAGUGUCUCUUCAGCAAUUAAUUGAUGUGGACGAAAAGAAUCAGAUUGUACAUGUUAAUGCUUGGCUAGACUAUCUUUGGAAUGAUUAUAAAUUGCGAUGGGAUCCUAAUGAAUAUGGAAAUAUCAGUGAUGUUCGCUUCCCUGCUGGCAAAAUUUGGAAGCCUGAUGUUCUUUUGUAUAAUUCUGUUGAUCCAAAUUUUGAUUCAACAUACCCAACAAAUAUGAUUGUCUAUAGCAAUGGUGAUAUCAGUUGGGUGCCACCAGGAAUCUUCAAAAUUAGCUGUUUCCCUUUGACGAACAAAGAUGUUUCUUUAAAUUUGGGAGGAUUCGAUACAAGUGAAUAUUUAUCCAAUGGAGAAUGGGCUUUACCUAUGACAACAGUGGCACGAAGCGAGAAAUUUUAUGAUUGUUGUCCAAAGGAGCCUUAUCCCGAUUUAACAUUUUAUUUACAUAUGAGACGUCGAACUCUUUAUUAUGGAUUUAAUUUAAUUAUGCCGUGUCUUCUAACAACGAUGAUGUCUCUUCUUGGUUUUACUCUUCCACCAGAAGCUGGAGAAAAAAUUACUCUACAAAUCACUGUCCUCCUAUCCAUCUGCUUUUUCCUCUCAAUUCUAUCAGAGAUGUCCCCUCCUACUUCUGAAGCAGUUCCUCUACUUGGCCUUUUCUUUUCUUCAUGCAUGUUGAUAGUUACUGCAUCUACUGUGUUUACUGUUCUAAAUUUGCAUUAUCGAACGCCAGAAACUCAUGAAAUGGGAAAAACAGCGCGCACUCUUCUUCUCUAUUGGCUGCCGUGGAUGUUGCGCAUGGAAAGGCCUGGGAUAAUUCUUAGCUGGGAAACACUACCUUCAUUGUUGCCCUGCUCUAGGCCAAAAAAUCAAAGUCAGUCACUAAUUCGGAAUGUUAAGGACAACGAAACUGGCUCAAGAGCUUCAUUGGAAAUUGAUCAUCGAGUCCAUCAAUUGCUUUAUGGAAAUGGUGAUUGUAGUCGAAGAAAAAAUCUGUUGUUACAAAGAGGAGCUACUAUAGAUAAUGAAAGCAGCAAAGUGGAUUCAAAUAGAGAACAUCAAGCUCUACUUUUGACAUUACAAAGAAUUGCUAGAGAAUUGAGGUUAAUCACUCGAAGAAUGACAGAGGCAGAUCGAGAAGGCGAACAAUCGAGCAACUGGAAAUUUGCGGCAAUGGUGGUUGAUCGUCUCUGCCUAUAUAUUUUUUCGUUUUUGAUGAUUGGAACCGUGGUUGGAGUUUGUGUUUCAGCACCAUAUAUUAUUGCAUAA